AUGGAACUCAACCGAGAAUAUUUUCUCGCCAUAAUUUAUGACAACUAUCAGAGACAAUUAUCGCAACAAGAAUGCCUUGCUGAGUUACGGUCUGUUUUCAGCAACGAAGCGCCACAUCAGUCGACAAUUUCCCGUUGGUAUGGAGAAUUCAAACGUGGACGGGUGAUCACCCAGGAAAACGUCGAUGCUGUGCGCAAACUCAUCAUUGAAGAUAGACAUGUGACAUAUCGCGAGAUUGAGGCUAUUAUUAGUGAUGAAUCGUGGAUUUACUGUUAUGAACCAGAAAAUAAACGACAGUCGGCUGUUUGGCCAACAAAAGUCAUCCAUGCUCGAAGUGUUUCGAAAAAGAUGGUCGCGACUUUUGUGUCAAAAGCAGGUUAUAUUGCAACACUUCUUCUUAAUGAUCAAGGAACUGUUACUGCGGAUUGGUAUGCCACUAUUUGUUUGCCAAAAGUCAUCACCGAGCUUCGAAAAACCAACCCCGAAAGAAGAAUCAUGCUCCACCAAGACAAUGCAAGCUCGCACACAGCCCAAAAAACAAGGCAGUAUUUAACGGAAGAAAACGUGGAAUUAUUGGACCAUCCUGCAUAUAGUCCCGAUCUAAAUUCUAACGAUUUUUUUACUUUCUCGAAAAUUAAAAACAGACUGCGUGGUCAAAGGUUCCAGUCACCAGAAGAAGCAGUUGACGCAUUCAAAAAUGCCGUUUUGGACCUGCCAGCGAACGAGUGGAAUAAGUGCUUCGAAAAUUGGUUCGGGCGCAUGCAGAUGUUUAUUAAUCUUCGUGGAGAAUACUUCGAAAAACAAUAA